AAGUUAUAUAUAUGUAUCUAUAUUCCCAUUGUAUUAAUAUUUUACAACAAAAGUCUUAGUUGUAGCAAUGAUGAAAACCAAGUUGUUUAGUGUCUUGUGUUUUUGUGCACUACUUAUGUUUGUUGUGGCAAUUGAGCAUUCCAAAGAAGGGAAACAAUUUGGUGAAACAAGAAAAUCAAAGACAAAUAUUAUAGCUGAUGGUUAUGGAGUAUGGCCAAGCGGAUUCGGAAUCUGGUAUAAGCCUGGUGGAAACACAAAUGGAGGCGGCGGCGGAAACAUCAUAAACUUUCCCGGUAGUGGAAAACGGGGCGGUGGUGCAAAUAUAAAUAGGGAACGCAAGUCAAGCCUCGAGAAAAUUCUCAGGCUCGUAUUGAACCAUGUAUCAUCUCUAGACACCAAUUGCAUGCUUCAUUGGUUGACUGCUUUUGUGUGGUGAGGUUAUUAAAACUCA